AUGCGUGUGUCGGAAAUCUUGGUCUUGUUGACAGCUAUCACAUCCAAAGCUAAUGACCUGAGUUCAUUGAGCCAGCGACCUUGCUUCUCGGGUGAUUCCAGAUCACAUGUGCUUUUAAACAUCUUACAAUCAGAGCCGAUGAAUGGCUGUCAGGAAUCAUGUAGUUUCUACAGAAGCAAACCACGGCAAGAUAAAAAGAAGAAACACUGGAAAAAAUUCAUAGAAAAACCCAGAAUACAGCUGCUUCCAAAAAGUAUUAAUAUUAGCUGGAUGGUUCCUCAUUCCAAGACAGGACACAGGAAUUCCACUCACUUUGUCUAUAUUCUUCUCUGCCGUCAUUUGAGUAGAGAAUGGUCCCUCGUUGACCAGACAUAUUUACCAUAUAUGGAAGUUAGUCUGACGAAUCUAACAGAAUCAUCACAGUUCUGGCUCCUGGCGGUCAACAGUUUUGGCGUGGUGGCAGAAGAAAGAUUUCCUGUUAAAUCUAUAAGGAGAUUCCGAGAGGUAUUUUCCGAAAAUGCCAUGAAAUCGAAAUCAGAAUCAUCGAAACGAAGAUCCCGAGGAAAGUUGUUUUACAUUCUUGAGAAAAUAACGGAAAUUAAUAAUAGCUUGUCUGUUGUUCUACAGAUGAGAGAAAAGUCUGGUUUAACAUCACAAGCAAAGAACAGGAAUAUAGAUUACUAUGUGAACUGGUUUCUAGAGAACUGUGGCAUUUACAAAGAUGUACGGAAGUGUGGUUUACCGAAGCAGCAUUACGGACCGGUGCAUAACUCCAGUGCAGGACGACAGAAAUUCAAAAAUGGUUCCCAAGCAUUGAAUCUUUAG